AUGGAUACAGGUUUGAGUCUUAAACUUGGUCUUGAAUUUGAUAACUUAGAAGAUGCAUGGAAGUUUUGGGUUAAUUAUGGUGGUAGUAAAGGUUUUGGAGUUAGAAAACACUACCCUAGCAAGAAUAAAAAAGAUGGGUGUAUUACUUCUUACAUCUAUGUUUGUUGCAAGGAAGGUAUGCGAAAACCAGAUAAAAGAGACUUUAAGACCAAUAAUCCUCGACCUGAGACAAGAACAGGAUGUGCUACAAGAAUGAAAGUUAAAAGAGUUGGUGAAAGAUAUAGAGUAGUUGAUUUUAUUGAUGAUCAUAACCACCCACUUCAUCCACCAGAAACAGUUCAUCUAUUACCUUGUCAAAGAAAAAUAACAGAUUGUCAAGCAUAUGAUCUUGAAAUGGCAGAACAGGCAGGGAUUCAACAAAAGGCAUCAUUUGAUUUGAUGAGUAAAUAUACAGGAGGUAGAGAGAAUUUAGGCUAUACAAGAGAAGAUGCAAAGAACUAUCUGAACUCAAAGAGGCGAAGAGAUAUGGCAUAUGGUGAAGCUGGAAUUUUGUUACAAUAUUUCCAACAACAACUAAUAGAUAAUCCUUCAUUUUUCCAUGCCUACCAAAUGGAUUUGGAAGAACAAAUAACAAACAUAUUUUGGGCUGAUGCAAGAAUGUUAUUUGAUUAUCAUUGUUUUGGAGAUGUCAUUUUGUUGGAUACAACAUAUUGUACAAAUGGAGAUCAUAGGCCUCUUGCAAUUUUCUCGGGAUUUAAUCAUUAUAGAGGAGGGGUGAUAUUUGGGGCAGCCUUAUUGUAUGAUGAGACCAUUGAGUCCUUCAAAUGGUUAUUUCAAACAUUUUUGCAAGCACACAAUCAAAAAAAUCCACAAACUAUUUUUACUGAUCAAGAGACCAAGCCAUGA